AUGAUGAGUUUUUUUUCCAGCGCCUCUUCUUUUGCAUCCUCCAAGUUUAGCAAGACAUCAUGGACGCGAGAAAGCGCAUUGCCAUUGGAAGAUGUCAAGGAUAUGACGAUCUUCCUCAAGAACCUUGCUUUCACCCUUUACUGGAAUGCGGUCGACUUGAGUGAGCCUGCACUUCGGCCGACGGCAGUAAGCCUCAGCAGCUACUUCAACAACACGACCAAUGCAUCUUCGGAAGCGCUUCCCAGCACAAAUGAUUUGGAAACGAAAAACCAGUCUAACAAUCUCCCUGGAGUGACGGGCAUUCCUCUCGAAUACUUCAAGGGACUUGUCACUGGAUUGCUUCGGAUGCUGCAUGAAAGAGAUUCGCGACGGAAAUUCCUGCCCAAAGAUCACUGGCUUAUGACCAGUCGUUUUGACAUGGAAGGAUUCAUUCCCUCUGUCGUCGCAGAAGAAGAGAAACGACACGAGUUCCAAGCUCGGGCCGAGGACAAUGACGAAGCCGAGCCUAUGGAAGAAGAAGAAACGAACAUGCCUCUCGGUCUAGCUGGAGCUGGGCACGCGCAGCAGACCAUCAGGGUCGAGGCCAUGCGUCGCCAACAGCAGCGAGUUGCUCGCGGUAGGAUUCUGGCUGCCAUUGCACCUGGAUUGGAGAUCCUGCGAAACAUGCCCUUCUUCAUCCCGUUCGCCACCCGAGUGCAGAUUUUUCGCGAAUUUAUCUAUCAUGACCAGCAUCGCCGCCGACGAGGAUUUGUUGACGCUGAUCUUUGGCGCGCAUCCGUUGCACAAGCUGCAAUGGGGCAGAUGAUCGAUGGCCACCCUGCCGUGCAAGCCGUUCUUGCGCGGCACCAAGCUGAAAUUCGCCGAGAACACGUCUUUGACGAUGCCCUCGAACAGUUUUACCAGCUUGGAGACGGCCUCAAGGAACCAAUUCAAAUCAGUUUUAUUGAUAAAUUCGGGACCAUGGAGGCAGGUAUUGAUGGUGGUGGAGUGACCAAGGAGUUUUUGACUAGCAUCACUUCCGAAGCAUUCAAGACCGAAAGUGAAUCCAGCAGCAUGUUUGCCGAGAAUGACCAACACCUGCUUUACCCGAACCCAACAGCACUUGAACAGUGUAAGGAACAGCUACGAGCAAGUGGUGUGAGCGAGUCUAGUCCCGAAUGGCAAGGGAGUAUCCGAGAUCUUCUCCGCCGCUAUGAAUUUCUUGGACGGGUAAUUGGAAAGUGUCUUUACGAGGGUAUUCUGGUCGAUGUCAACUUUGCACCGUUCUUUUUACUGAAAUGGGCUUUGACUGGAGGGACGGGGUCUGCAAUGAAGGAGUCAUCCUAUCGGGCUAACUUGAAUGAUCUGAAGGAUCUUGAUGCGGGGUCUAUCAAGGCCUUGUGA